GAAAAGGAUCUCCUCGAGAACGGCAACGGCGGCAAGCGGGCACAGCGACCGCCCUCGCUCCGUGUGAUGCGCAACAUCGCCGCGUCUGAGUGCGGCGCCAAGCUGCUCCAGGCCAGUCCCUCGGCAAAGCACGCCCCAUCCAUCCUGGUUAACAACAACGACGAGUACAUGAACCAGCCUUGCGCCUCUGAAAAGUUCAUCAUCGAGACGUGCGAGCCAGUGCAACUGGGAACCAUUCAGAUAGCCAACUACGAGCUCUUCUCCUCACGAUGCAAGACAUUCAGGGUGUACGUCAUUGCUAUGGCAUACACCCCUCGAUCCUCAAUAAGAGACAGUCCCCUUUGGCCUAGGUUACGAGUUGUGCCCAGGUGGUGGCCUUGUUUUAACCAGCCUUACUCGCCUUAUCACUAUGGCAACGAGCACUUCUGCCCAAUCACCAUGGUUCGACUCUUCGGUCUCGGCUCCGACGAACUCGACGAAACGGUGUCCGCGCAUUCGGACAACCAGGCGGGUGAUGAUGUUGAUGGUGCCAGUCCCGAAUAUCCUUCGAAAGAGACCGACGCUUCUUCCGGUGGUAAGGACCUAGCCACUUGCUCCCAGAUUUGA